AUGGCGUGGGUGCCCGCCGAGGCUGCCGUGGAAGAGCUGAUGCCCCGGCUGUUGCCAGUGGAGCCCUGCGACUUGACAGAAGGUUUCGACCCCUCCAUCCCUCCGAGGACGCCUCAGGAAUACCUGAGGCGGGUCCAGAUCGAAGCCGCUCAGUGUCCAGACGUUGUGGUAGCUCAGAUUGACCCAAAGAAGUUGAAAAGGAAGCAAAGUGUGAAUGUUUCUCUUUCAGGAUGCCAACCUGCUCCUCAAGGCUAUUCCCCCACACUUCAGUGGCAACAGCAACAAGUGGCACAAUUUUCAACUAUUCGACAGAGUGUGAACAGACAUAGAAGUCACUGGAAAUCACAACAGUUGGAUAGUAAUGUGACCAUGCCAACAUCUGAAGAUGAAGAAGGCUGGAAAAAAUUUUGUCUGGGUGAAAGGUUAUGUUCUGAAGGGGCUGUUGAACCAACUAAAAAUGAAAAUCCUGGAAUAGAUUUUAUACAAAUUGGUUUUCCUCCCUUGCUUAGUAUUGUUAGCAGAAUGAAUCAGGCAACAGUAACCAGUGUCUUGGAAUAUCUGAGUAAUUGGUUUGGAGAAAGAGACUUUACUCCAGAAUUGGGAAGAUGGCUUUAUGCUUUGUUGGCUUGUCUUGAAAAACCUUUAUUACCUGAGGCUCAUUCACUGAUUCGACAACUUGCAAGAAGAUGCUCUGAAGUGAGGCUUUUAGUGAACAGCCAAGAUGAUGAGAGAGUUCCUGCUUUGAAUUUAUUAAUCUGCUUGGUAAGCAGGUAUUUUGACCAACGUGACUUAGCUGAUGAGCCAUCUUGA